UAUAUUAAAGAAUGGAAACAAAUAUAAAAAUCACACCAUUCCUUCAACGUUACAUCCCUACACAUUGAAUACGAUUAUCUUCCAUAUUAUGAUCUUUUUAAAAAAAAAGAUUUUGUCCAUUUCUCACCCUUUCUCAUACUCUCUUUUUUUCUCGGACAAGAAGGCUACAGAAAGAUAUGUCGCUGUCGUCUUACCUCAGCCCGACGCGCCUUCUAGAAGGCUACCUCCGCCGUUGUCUCAGGGCGGCAGGACUGACGUCGCAGACGCUUUCCAUAGACUCUGAAACAACCAUCCACUUCUGGGGCCCACCACCUCUAGACCACCGGAGCGACGAUGACAGACCGGUUAUGCUUCUCCUCCACGGCUUCGGUCCGUCGUCCAUGUGGCAGUGGCGGCGACAGAUGCAAGCCUUCUCUCCCUCCGCUUUCAGGGUUUAUUCUCCCGAUCUUGUCUUCUUCGGCGACUCUACCUCUUCCUCCACCAAUCGCACCGAAGUCUUCCAGGCGGAAUGUAUGGCAAAGCUAAUGGCGAAAAUAGGAAUAGGGAAGUAUAAUGUGGCUGGAACAAGCUACGGGGGGUUUGUUGCGUACCACAUGGCCAAAAUGUGGCCGGAAAAAGUGGAGAAAGUGGUGAUUGCAAGCUCCGGCAUCAACAUGCGAAAGUGUGACGGUGAAAGUUUAUUGCAAAGAUCCAAUUGUGAGUGCAUCGAGAAGGUUAUGUUACCAUCCACUGCAACUGAGUUUCGCACACUUAUGGCUUUGGCAUCUUCAUGGCGGUUAGUUCGUAUGUUUCCUGAUGCUCUCUGGAACGACGUAAUCAAUGUAAGCAGCUAAGUCUUGACUGGUAUCUUCUUCAUCUACUUCUUCUUCUUUUGGCUUUAGGGUUAAAGAACAAUUUUUUGUUUAACAUUUUCUUCUCUAGCAAACUUUGAAACUAAUGUAGACUUAUGCAAUGUAGAAUUUGUAUAAAAAGAAUAGAAAAGAGAAGAUAGAAUUGUUGAAGGGAGUGACUUUCGGCCGGAGCGAAAAUUUAAACAUCGAUUCUCUUUCUCAGGAGGUCCUAAUUGUAUGGGGAGACAAAGAUCAGAUAUUUCCUGUGAAGAUGGCUUACGAAUUAAAAGAGAUUCUUGGAGACAAAACGAAACUAGAAAUCAUUGACAACACUUCACAUGUUCCUCAGAUUGAAUGUGCUCAAGAGUUCAACAAUAUUGUUUUGAGAUUUUUGAAGGGUUCUUAAGAGCCGUAAUUUUAUUCCAUGCUACAUGAUUCUUCAGUUUUUUUUAAGUGUUAAACUAUUGGUUACGUAAUUUUGCGACUUUACUUGCCAUGCUUUCUCAUUUUUCAUGUAAGAACUUUAUCCAUUACUGUCAUUGUAGAGAACUCUAUUUAUAGCAAAAAGCAAUACUAAUAUGCAACUUAAUUUUCGUGAUACAUGAAAAUAAUUAAUAUGC